AUCUCACAUCCUUUUUUUUUUUUUCCGCUCUCUCUCCUCCCAUAUUCAUUCCCUCUCAUAAUCAAGAAAUAAAAUUAAGUUACAAACAAGAGAAUUAAACAUGGGCACUCUAGUGGGACAUGUAGCACCUGGAGUUGGUUUCUUUUUCAUAGGACUGUGGCACCUCCUUAAUCACAUCAAACUCCAUGCACAAAACCCAAAAUCCUACACGUCUUUGCCAUGGUUCCCCACUUCAAAAUUCAAGUAUUUUGAGCUCUACAUGAUCAUGGUAGCGUGCACUAUGUCCAUAUCCAUGGAGCUUUUUAUUGGGCCCGACCGUCACCAACCACUCGACCCCGAUGGAACCAUACCUUCUAACCAUCUCCAUAACUUUGAACAUUCUAAUAUUUCCAUGACCUUUUUCAUGUAUGCUUUCUUCUCAAUUCUAUUAGAUAAAUUUUCACCACCAGCCCAAUAUGGCCUCACCAAUUUUCUUGCAGCCGUCGCCUUUGGCCAACAACUCCUCCUCUUCCACCUCCACUCCGCCGAUCAUAUGGGUGUUGAGGGCCAAUAUCAUUGGCUACUUCAAAUUGCAAUUUUCAUUUCACUUGUCACUACCCUUUUGGGCAUUAAGUACCCAAAAAGUUUCUUGAAUAGCUUUGUGAGGUCCCUUAGUAUUUUGUUCCAAGGAGUUUGGCUUAUGGUCAUGGGAUUCAUGCUCUGGACCCCGGAAUUGAUGCCUAAGAAUUGCUUCAUGAAUUUGGAGGUCGGUCACAAAGUGGUCCGGUGCCACGGGGAAGAAGCCCUUGAACGUGCCAAAUCCCUAGUAAAUAUUCAAUUUAGUUGGUAUGUAAUAGGUGUAACAAUUUUCGCCGUCUCACUUUACUUGAUUAUAAUAAAAUUAUAUCACGGAAAGGUCGACUACCAAUCCAUCAUGAGAUUCGAAGAACAACAAGAAGAGAAUGAUGAUGUCGAGGCACAAAAGAGAGGCAAACCCGACGAGACGAAAAGUUUUCUUCCUGUGAGAAAUUCAUUUAUUGCUAUGGAUAUAGAAAGGUAGAGUGUUUAAAAAUGGUGUGUUGGAUUUGAUUUGGUAUGUGUAAAAAGAUAGGGUUAGUGAGUAUUUAUUUUGGUUGAUUAAGGCCACAAAUAUGUUGGCUUAAUUAGUUGAGCAAAUGUCUCAUGUCCCACGAGGAUAAAGAGAGUGAACCAAGAAGCGUGUGAUUUGUUCUUUUUGU